AUGGCUUUUAACAUAAGCUCCAUAAAAACAUCAUCGAAUGGAGCAUGGCAAGGUGAUAAUCCACUCAAUUUCGCCUUCCCUUUGCUAAUAGUUCAAACCACUUUAAUACUUGUUCUUAGCCGAUUCCUCGCUUUUCUUCUCAAACCCCUCCGCCAACCCAAAGUCAUUGCUGAAAUUGUUGGAGGGAUUCUUCUUGGACCGUCUGCUUUUGGUCGGAACAAAGGUUACAUGCUCCGAAUAUUUCCGGCUUGGAGUAUGCCGGGGCUUGAAACGGUGGCCAGCAUUGGUCUCCUUUUCUUCCUUUUCCUCGUCGGACUCGAGCUCGAUUUAAACUCUAUUCGUCGAAGCGGCAGUAAGGCGUUUGGAAUAGCGUUUUGCGGUAUCUCCCUGCCUUUCAUCUGCGGCAUUGGCGUAGCGUUUGUCCUCAGGAAAACCGUCGACGGCGCCGAUAAAGUCGGGUACGGUCAGUUCCUAGUCUUCAUGGGAGUGGCACUCUCCAUCACCGCUUUCCCCGUCCUGGCACGAAUCUUAGCCGAGCUCAAACUGUUAACCACCCAAGUGGGGGAAGUCGCCAUGGCCUCAGCCGCAUUCAACGACGUCGCCGCCUGGAUUUUACUAGCACUCGCCGUCGCACUCGCCGGAAAUGACUCCGGUCAACCAAAAAGCCCCUUGAUAUCAAUCUGGGUCCUUCUGUCCGGCGUCGCUUUCGUCAUUUUCAUGCUGGUAUUAAUCCGACCCGCCAUGAAAUGGGUGGCUCACCGUUGCUCCCCGGAGCGAGACGUCAUCGACGAGGCCUAUAUUUGCUUAACUUUAGCCGGUGUAAUGGUGUCCGGUUUCAUGACCGACCUUAUCGGAAUCCAUGCAAUCUUCGGUGCUUUCAUCUUUGGAUUAACGAUACCCAAAGAAGGGGAUUUUGCUGAGAAGUUGAUAGAGAGGAUCGAAGAUUUCGUGUCGGGAUUGCUUCUUCCGCUUUACUUCGCGUCCAGUGGGUUGAAAACCGAUGUGGCGAAAAUCAAAGGCGGGAAAGCUUGGGGACUGUUGGCGCUGGUAAUAUCGACGGCGUGCGCAGGCAAGAUUAUAGGGACGUUUGCGGUGGCGUUGAUGUUCAGAAUGGGUUUCAAAGAGUCGUUGGUGCUUGGUGUUUUAAUGAACACUAAAGGAUUGGUUGAACUUAUUGUUCUCAACAUUGGCAAGGAGAAAAAGGUGCUCAACGAUGAGAUUUUUGCUAUAUUGGUUCUCAUGGCACUCUUCACUACCUUCAUCACAACCCCAACCGUUAUGGCCAUCUACAAGCCGGCCCGAGGUUCCUCCGCCCUUGCUCGCCGAAAACUCCGCGACUUGACCAACACUGACGAGUCGAAAGACCAGCUUAGGAUCCUGGCCUGCCUCCAUGGCACCGGUAAUGUACCUUCAAUCAUCAACCUAAUAGAGUCAACAAGAAGCACCAAGAAAUCCCAACUUAAGCUUUUUAUAAUGCACCUCGUGGAACUGACCGAACGCUCUUCAUCAAUCAUAAUGGUCCAUCGGGCUCGAAAAAAUGGGCUUCCAUUCAUUAACAGGAUCCGUAAAGGAGGCUGGCAAGACCGAGUCACCGGAGCUUUCCAAGCCUAUAGUCAAUUGGGCCAAGUCUUGGUUUGGCCCAGCACAGCCAUCUCCACAUUAUCCACCAUCCAUGAGGAUAUUUGCCAUAUGGCAGAGACCAAAAGGGUGACGAUGAUCAUCUUACCAUUCCACAAACAAUGGAGGGGAGAGGGUGACCAUCAAACAAUAGACAAUGUAGGUCAUGGCUGGAGAUUGGUUAACCAACGGGUGCUAAAAAGUCCACCAUGUUCUGUGGCGGUGCUCGUGGACCGAGGGUUUGAUAAGGGAGCCCAAAGGGUCUGCAUAUUGUUCUUCGGCGGACAGGAUGAUCGGGAGGCUUUGGAGUUGGGCGGUAGAAUGGCUGAACACCCUGCAGUCAAAGUUGACGUUGUGCGGUUCGUUGAGACGGAAGAAAUACAAAGAGAUGGCCUGAUUUUUAGGCCAUCAGCCAGCAAGAGCACUGAAAAGAAUUACAGCUUCUCCACUGCCUCUAUCACCACUGAAAAAGAAAAGGAAUCGGAUGACGCUGUAGUGGCAGAAUUUAGAAGCAAGUGGGAUGGUACGGUGGAGUAUGUAGAAAAGACAGGUAGCAACGUUGUUGAACAAGUGUUGGGAUUGGGACAAAGUGGGGAAUAUGAUCUUAUAGUGGUCGGAAAAGGAAGGUUCCCGUCGCCUACGGUGGCGAAAUUGGCGGACCGGCAAGCCGAGCAUGCUGAAUUAGGCCCUGUUGGGGACUUGUUAGCCUCGUCUAAUCGCCAUGUGCUGUCAUCGGUGUUGGUAAUGCAACAGCACAAUACGAGUCAAGUGGAGGAAAUGCCGGUCACAAAAGUGGAUCAAAAUGAUAAUGAUGGAGUUGCAGGGAUGGGAGAGAUAUCAAAGGAGGUGUAAUUAUACAAUUACUAGGCAGUUAGAAA